CACGGAUGUUUUAUCCGUCCAGGCGAGGCGCGAGACAGGGAUGCUGGAUAUUGUUGCAUGGACCUCGAAGAUUUGCUAGUUUAUUUGGAAACCAAUUUGACCUGACAAGCGUUUAUUGUCCGAAGUUUUGUGUUUUAUUAUGGACAUUGCGAUAGAAGCGAGUGAUGAUGUCCAAAGACGAUGAACUAUUGGACAGAAUGGGUCAAUCCAGUAUAGUAAACAUCAAAAUUGACUUUUCGGUUUAUAUUCAUGUAUAUAUUUUAUGUGGUAUAUUAUCGCUUUAUUGUAAAUAGCACUAAUGGUGAACUUCACACUACGCUUUCUUACGGAUGUUUUCCAAGUUUCGGACAUUUCGCGCCAAAGCUAUUUGCAAUCUCACAAAAAUAUCGUGGUUUGACAAAUUUUAACGAGUCGAUUUAACUGCAAGAAUGGACGCCGGGAGCGAGGUGUCAACUUUGGUUUCUCCUGGUACCGAUGGAAAUGCGCCAAAACAUCUGUGGAGGCAACAGAGCCCGGUUCCUCUUCAGAUCCAGAACUCUUUCGGCCCGCGCAAGAACUACCGGGUGAGACAGAGAGGCUUUUCCGACACGGAGAAGUACCUGAAUCCCAGGACCAUGGACCGGAGCUAUGCCGUGGACACCGGAAAGCGUCCCGGUUUGAAGAAGUCCAGAAUGUCAUGGCCAUCAUCCUUUCAAGGACUUAAACGCUUUGAUGUGGACAAUGGUACCUCAUCAGGACGUAGUCCGCUGGAUCCCAUGGCCAGCCCGGGGUCAGGUCUCAUCCUCCAAGCCAACUUUGUACACAGCCAGAGGAGAGAGUCCUUCCUGUACCGCUCUGACAGCGACUAUGACCUCUCACCAAAGUCUAUGUCCAGAAACUCCUCCAUCGCCAGUGACAUACACGGUGAUGACAUGAUUGUUACCCCUUUUGCACAGGUUCUGGCAAGUUUAAGGACUGUCCGGAAUAAUUUUGCUGCUUUAACAAAUGUACAACAGGAAAGGGCGAAUAACAAAUCCCCCAUUGGCACCCCAGCCCUAUCUGACUCCUUGCCUCCUUCUCUUCCUCCAGAGGAGGCCUACCAGAAGCUGGCCACAGACACCCUGGAGGAGCUGGACUGGUGCCUCGACCAGCUUGAGACCCUCCAAACCAGGCAUUCAGUCGGCGAGAUGGCAUCCAACAAGUUCAAGAGGAUGUUGAAUAGAGAAUUGACUCACCUCUCAGAGAUGAGCCGAUCUGGUAACCAGGUGUCUGAGUUCAUCUCCAGUACAUUCUUAGACAAGCAACACGAGGUGGAAAUGCCAUCGCCCCAGUCCCAGAAAGACAAGGAGAAGAAGAAAAGGCCGAUGUCCCAGAUUAGUGGUGUAAAAAAGUUAACGCACAGUUCCAGCCUUACCAACUCUAGCAUCCCUCGGUUUGGAGUCAAAACUGAAACAGAAGAUGAGCUGGCCAAGGAGCUUGAAGAUGUAAAUAAAUGGGGUCUUAAUGUCUUCAAAGUGUCAGAAUUUUCUGGGAACAGACCUUUAACGGUUAUGAUGUACACAAUAUUCCAGGAGAGGGACUUGUUAAAGACGUUUAAAAUUCCCCUGGACACGUUUAUCACCUAUCUGAUGACUUUAGAGGACCAUUACCAUGCUGAUGUUGCCUAUCACAACAACAUCCACGCUGCUGAUGUCACACAGUCCACUCACGUCCUGUUAUCAACCCCUGCCCUUGAGGCUGUGUUUACAGACCUUGAAAUUCUUGCUGCCAUAUUUGCCAGUGCGAUACAUGAUGUUGACCAUCCUGGCGUCUCCAACCAGUUUCUCAUUAACACUAACUCUGAGCUGGCCCUCAUGUAUAAUGAUUCGUCUGUGUUGGAGAAUCAUCAUCUGGCUGUAGGUUUUAAACUGCUGCAGGAAGAGAACUGUGACAUCUUCCAGAACCUGACCAAGAAACAGAGACAGUCACUCCGCAAGAUGGUCAUCGACAUUGUUCUGGCCACAGACAUGUCUAAGCACAUGAAUUUGUUGGCUGAUCUGAAAACCAUGGUGGAGACCAAAAAGGUGACCAGUUCUGGCGUAUUGCUGCUGGAUAACUACUCUGACAGGAUACAGGUCUUGCAGAACAUGGUGCACUGUGCAGACCUCAGUAACCCCACCAAACCACUGCAGCUGUACAGGCAGUGGACGGACCGCAUCAUGGAGGAGUUCUUCAGUCAGGGCGACAGAGAGCGGGAGCGCGGCAUGGAGAUCAGCCCCAUGUGCGACAAGCACAACGCUUCAGUUGAGAAGUCCCAGGUGGGCUUCAUCGAUUACAUUGUGCAUCCACUGUGGGAGACGUGGGCAGACUUGGUGCACCCAGACGCCCAGGACAUUUUGGACACGCUGGAGGACAACAGGGAGUGGUACCAGAGCACCAUCCCCCAGAGCCCCUCUCCAGCGCUGGACACCAGCAGCGAGGGCCGACGCACCGCCGGCCAGGAGAAGUUCCAGUUUGAACUGACUCUAGAGGAGGACGGAGAAUCUGACACGGAGAAGGACAGCAGCAGCCCUCCUGAUGAAGAGGACGAGGAAGAGGAGGAAAACAGCUGCAGUGACUCUAAAACCCUUUGCACACAGGACUCCGAAUGUACAGAGAUCCCCCUGGACGAACAGGUGGGGGACGCGCAGGAGGACGAGGACGAAGAGGACGAGCAGGAGGAGGAAAGGGAACUAUCAGAAACCUGUGUUUUAGAGGAGGAAGAGGAGGAGGAGGAGGAGGAGGAAGAUGACACUGCCAACACAUAACACAGUAUGACACGGCACCUGAACUUUUUUAUAUUAGAGAUGAGAAACACUUAUUUAUGGUUAAGAUAUUAGUUUUUUUUUCAUUGUCUAUUUUGCAUACGUUGUUCAGAAGUGCUUUUUAAAUGUCCGCCUUUAACCUGUUUUUUAUUUUUCAUUCCUUAUUUUAUUUUUUAUUUUUAAACGUUUUUACGCUCAGGAAUGUCUUUUCCACUCCCACCUGUCAUUCAUACAGACAAACUGAACAAAAGAAAGGUUGAAAAGCUCGACUUGUAUUCCUGAUUGUGAGGUACUUUUUAAUUUUUUUGACUGAAACAGUAUUUCAGAAACAUUUACCUUCGAAAGCAGCUGUUUUUCAACAACGAGACACAAUUUUUUUCCUGUUUAUCUGAAGGAAAGUGGCAAUUCGAAGCAUUUUAGCAGACAAACACUUUAGAAGUGAAUCCUUCAUGCUUUGAACUUCGCGUCUUCCUGAUGCCUCGAAUGUGUUAUUAAUCUGGAUUUAGCCGUCUGUUUGUGUUUGUGGAUCGGUCAUUAUUUGAAGUGAAUGAACAUGGUACCAAAGUGAAAAGAACUCGUGAGACACCAUUUUCACACUGAAAAUACUCACUUUCAUUUAAAUUACCAUAUUUGGGGUAAAUAGGUAAAUGUAGUAUUUUCCAUUUUAAAAAAGAAAAGUUUUAUACCAUAAUUUGUUGCAUUCAAUCCAGAUCUGAAAAUAGUUUUUAAAUAUAAUUUUUUAAAUAAUAAGUUGCUCAGUUUAAUAAUACCUAAUUAUGACAAUAUUUAAACUUAAAAUAAAUAAAUAAAUAUCUUAUUCCCCCAAGAACAAAAACUCUGUUAUAAAUCUAUUAUAAGAUAAUAGCUUGAAUAAGCCUUAAAUGUUUUUGUCACCUAUCAUUGUCGUCUAUCUUGCUAGCAAGUGGAGUAAAAUGAAUCCUGGUUAUCACUUCAUAAAUAACAAUAUGAAUUAUUAUUAGAAUUAAAUAAUAAUAAUAGUAUU